CGGGCUUCUGCCCCGUCCCCGUCCCCCCGAGCCGCGGGGGCCGUUAGACACCCCCAUCUCUCCCCGGACCCCGAAAGGGCCCCUCUUUAACCGUUAUCUCGAGGGACACGCCCUCAGGCUAUUUCUCUGAAGUAUUUUCCAACUCAGGGAAAGAACGGCCUCCACCUCCUUCUCUUCCUCCUCUUCCUCUUCUACCUGAACUCGGUGCCCUGGGUGAGUCUCUCCGUUAGUUUUUAUUGAGUUGGAAUCCCAAACUGGACUUUCCCCCCUCUCACCCGUCCCAGCUCCGGCUCCGUGAAUCAGUAAAUGUACGGCGAGCAGGUGCCUGCACCCAUGGACAGCCGAAGAGGUAGGAGACUAAAGGGACUUUCGAGAGGGAACAGAGCUGAAAAGACGAAGAAAAUGCUCCAGAAUAAGGCAGAGGCUCGGAGGAAUUCAGUCAUGGACUCACAGAAUCCAGAGCGACGGGAGUUCCCAGAAGACCUGCAGAGAGGGUCCACACGUAACCGAUCAGAUGCACAGAGAUCAAGGAGAAAGGGGCGCAUUGGAAAGAAGCCCCAGGUCCGUGAUUUCAACCUGAGGAAGCAGAAAAGAAAAAUAUAUAAUGAAAACUAUAGGCCCGAGGAUGACGACUAUUUGUUCUGUGAGAUAUGCCAGACCUUCUUCCUGGAAAAAUGUGUACUGCACGGCCCCCCAGUAUUUGUCCAAGAUUUGCCGGUUGAGAAAUGGCGGCCGAAUCGGUCGACCAUCACUCUUCCCCCCGGCAUGCAGAUCAAGGUAUCAGGCAUUCCUAAUGCUGGGCUCGGCGUGUGGAAUCAGGCCACAAGUUUGCCUCGGGGCCUGCACUUCGGACCAUACAUGGGGAUAAGGACAAAGAAUGAGAAGGAGUCCCACAGUGGAUACUCCUGGAUGAUUGUCAGAGGCAAAAACUAUGAGUACCUGGAUGGGAAGGACAAAGCUUUUUCCAACUGGAUGAGAUACGUGAAUUGUGCCCGCUCAGAGAGGGAGCAGAACUUGGUGGCGAUUCAGUACCAGGGGGAGAUCUACUAUCGCACCUGUCGUGUGAUUCCACCUGGCCAAGAGUUGCUGGUAUGGUACGGCCUAGAGUAUGGCCGUCAUUUGGGCAUUCUCCCGAACAAUAACAACCCAGAGCCAGGUAACCAUCGGAGGCCCGGGAAUAGAGGGCCAAAGCCUCAUUCCUCUCGAGGCUCGUCCAAGCCGUUAUCGAGACGUGGUGUUUUCAAGCGGCGUUUACGGCUCAAGCGUCACUCUGCUGACCUCCGGAGUACCAGAAAAAGAUACUUCACAUAUAACCUCCGGCCAAGACACCAGGGCACUUUGGCUCGCCAAGAUGAGCAGCAGUGUACAAAUCGUGGCCAGGUGAAGCAGAGAGGGGUCAGAAAGAGUGAGCAGAUAGAAAGGGCCAAGGCUAGGGUCAGAAAAAGUGAGCGGAUAGAAAGGGCCAAGGCAAGGGUCAGGAAGAGUGAGCGGAUAGACAGGGCCAUGGCUAGGAUCAAGAAGAGUGAGCAGGUAGAAAGGGCCAUGGCUAGGAUCAGGAAGAGUGAGCAGAUAGAAAGGGCCAAGGGUAGGGUCAGGAAGAGUGAGCGGAUAGAAAGGGCCAAGGCUAGGGUCAAAAAGAGUGAGCGGAUAGAACGGGCCAAGGCUAGGGUCAGGAAGAGUGAGCGGAUAGAAAAGGCCAUGGCUAGGGUCAGGAAGAGUGAGCAGAUAGAAAGGGCCAAGGCUAGGGUCAGGACGAGUGAGCGGAUAGAAAGGGCCAUGGCUACGGUCAGGAAGAGUGAGCGGAUAGAAAGGGCCAAAGUUACGGUCAAAAAGAGUGAGCAGAUAGAAAGGGCCAUGGGUAGGGUCAGGAAGAGUGAGCGGAUAGAAAGGGCCAAGGAUAUGGGAAGGAAGAAAGCUUUGGGGGGAUUGCCCCGCCCGUGCCGGGGAGGACUCUCAGAUGAAACCCAACAGAGAAAGGGGGGUGGACAUGAGCAACUCGGGCAGAAGCCGGGGCCGAGCGAGGCCCGGGCAGGGCCUGCAGAAGGGAGCGCCACUCCGCGGAGGCACUGCUGCGAUGUCUGCCGCAAGGCUUUCAAGCGGUUAUCUCACUUAAGGCAACACAAGAGGAUACACACCGGGGAGAAGCCAUUAGUGUGCAAAGUUUGUAGGAGGACAUUUAGCGACCCAUCAAACCUGAAUAGGCACUCCCGGAUACACACAGGGCUGAGGCCCUAUGUGUGCAAACUGUGUAGGAAAGCGUUUGCAGACCCAUCCAAUUUGAAGAGGCACGUCUUUUCCCACACUGGGCAUAAACCAUUUGUGUGUGAGAAAUGUGGUAAGGGCUUCAACCGAUGUGACAAUCUGAAAGACCAUAGCGCGAAACACUCAGAGGAUAACAGCACUCCAAAACCAUAGGGAAGAGGCAAUUUGAGUGCCACCACUGUGGAAAACAGUUCCGGUGUGUAUCAACCAAGAACUACCAAAUACGUAAGGAAGGGGCCAUUUACUUGUAGGAAAUAAGGCAAAGAAUUCAAACACUUAUUCCUUGUCUUGUAGGAAACAAAGUAAAAGACUAAUAAAGAGACUCAACCAAAGAAAUUUAGAUGAGGUUGGUUUAUACAUUCAGUAGAUUAUCACUAUAAAUAAUACUUACAGACACACAGUCAACCAGCAAAAAAAAAAAAAUCUAGCAAAGUGUGACUAAACAGGUAAAAUUUUUAAAAAAAAGUACAGCAGAAAGCAGGUUCAAACAGUUGUGGGGAAAAAUAUUCUUCAAAACAUAACAACAUUAAAUAAGUAAAAGUGGCAUUAUGAUAGGCUAGAAUUUUAUGCAUGAGAUAAACAAUACCAUCUAGCAAAACCUUACUGAUUUAAAUGUAAAUUUUGAUGUUAAUAUAUAUUGUAAGUUUCUAAAGGUUAUUGUUUAUAUAACAGAAUAUUUUAAAAGUAUUGCAAUGUAUUUAUAUUUUUAAUUUAGGUCUAAGCUGUAGGAGUGGGGAAACCGUAAUGAAUUUGUGCCCUUUGUAAAACUUUUCCCAAAGGUGUUCAAAACGUGAACUUAAUAUGAUGUCUCAGCUCAGAUAAACUGAUGUCCAAUAGGAUGUAUUGAAAAUAAAGGCCUAAUAAGAAGAA